AAAACGCGAGAGAGAGAGAGAGAGAGAGAGAUCACAUUUGAGAGUGAUAGUGAGAGUGAGAGUGAGUAAGAGAGAGAGAGCAUCAAUGGUGGAGAGAGGCGACGCGAUCUCCUCCGAUCAACACAUCUAAUUAGGGUUUUGGGGCGUCUACGUAGAGGAGGAGGAGGAGGAGGAGGAGGCUACGGUGGCAGAUCGGAGGAAGAAGACGGAGAGGAGGAAGAGGGGGCGAUGAAGGGCUACGCGGCCGCGGCGGCGGCGCCGCCGGGGAAGCGGAGGUGGAGGUGCCUCGCGGUGGCGGUGCUCGCCCUCGUCUUCUGCUCCCUCCUCGUCCCCCUCGCCGUUCUCCUCGGCCUCCACCACAACCGCUUCCCCUCCGGGUACUUAACUGAUGAUCACUCUGCAUCGGAAUUUAGCUUUGGGGUUUACGAGCAUCUUGAUGGUGGUAGAAAGCAUAGUUCUUCACAGGGUGAUGGGUCGAGAAUUGAUGAUCUCGUGAAGAAACUGGCACCAACUUUUGCGAAGGAUCUGACCACCAACAUAGCAAGUCAGUCUGAUGGCAAUGAAUAUGAGAAGAAUGGUAGAUUCACUAGUGACAAUGUCCAAGCUAGUGUACCUCCAAAGGGUGCUGUCUAUAAGAAUAAUACCGCACAUUAUAAAAAUAGGGACACACAGCAAGUUGUGUCGAGAGAAGCAUCGUCUCUGAAUACAAAAAGUGAUGGCAUUGAUUGGAAGGAGAAUGUUACAGAAGGUUCAGCUGGUGACGAGAGUGGAAAAUCUUGUCAGCUUUUAUUUGGAAGCUACUGCCUUUGGUCCCUAGAACACAAGGAAGUAAUGAAAGAUUCCACAGUGAAGAGACUUAAAGAUCAACUGUUUGUCGCCAGAGCUUAUUAUCCGAGCAUUGCAAAACUUCAGGGGCAGGAGAAACUAACAUAUGAGCUGAAGCAGCACAUUCAAGAACAUGAGCGGAUGCUUAGUGAAGCCAUUUCAGAUGCUGAUCUUCUGCCAGUUGUCGACAAAAAGAUACAGAGAAUGGAUGAGAUUAUUGCAAAAGCCAAAUCAUGCGCUGUAGACUGCCAUAAUAUUGACAAGAAACUCAGACAGUUAGUUGAUCUCACAGAAGAUGAAGCACAUUUCCAUAUGAAGCAGAGUGCAUUUCUCUAUCACCUCGGUGUUCAAACCAUGCACAAAAGUCUGCACUGCUUGUCAAUGAGACUGACUGUAGAAUAUUUCAAGUCUUCAUCUGUGGAUAUGGAGCUGCCAGAUGCUGACAAGCUUGAAAACCCCAACUUCCACCACUAUGUUAUCUUUUCUCUUAACGUGCUUGCAGCUUCUGUCACUAUUAAUUCCACUGUGAUGAAUUCUGAGGAAUCUGAAAAUCUUAUCUUCCAUUUGGUCACCGAUAGGCAGAAUUUUUAUGCAUGCAAGCAUUGGUUUGUGAGAAACCGUUACAAAGAAGCUACGGUUCAUGUUCUUAAUUUUGACGAUCUAAAAACUGAACAUUUGAACAAUCUAGGCAUCCAACAACUAUCUCCAUCUGAGGAAUUUCGUGUUUCAAUUCGUAAUACUGCUCGCCAAUCGCCUAUGCUGAUGAGAACUGAAUACAUCUCGGUUUUUGGUCACUCACACUUUCUUCUGGCUGACAUAUUCUCGAAUCUGAAUAAAGUGGUUGUUUUGGAUGAUGAUGUGUUGGUCAAGAAAGACUUGUCAUUCUUGUGGAACCUUGAUUUGCAAGGAAAAGUGAUUGGUGCAGUUCAAUAUUGUCGAGUCAGAUUACGCCAACUCGGAGCUUACUUGGGUGGAUUAAAACAUGAUGCUAAUUCUUGUGCCUGGAUGUCUGGAUUGAAUGUUGUUGAUUUGGAGAAGUGGAGGGACCGCAAGGUUACUGAAGUUUACCAUGGGCUCCACCGGAAGUUUCACAAUGGUAGCGAAGCAUCGUGGAGAGCUGCUACACUUCCCACAACCUUUCUUGCAUUUCAAGAUCUAAUUUAUCCUCUACAAAAUAGCUUAGUUCAGUCAGGUCUCGGUCACAACUACGGAGUUACUCACGGCGCACUAAAGAAUGCUGCUGCUCUUCAUUAUAACGGCAACAUGAAGCCUUGGCUCGAACUUGGUAUACCGAAAUACAAGAAGUAUUGGAAGAAAUAUCUUACCCGGGAGGAGCAGUUCAUGAGCGGUUGCAAUGUGAACCCUUAGCUGCAGCUAUUUGCGAGUUAGGGCAUAUGACAUUACAAAAUUGGAGAAAGGGAACAGAAAGAACGAUAGUCGAUUCAAUCUAUGAAGUUUAGUGAAAAAUCUAUAUAUUGGUUUGAAGCACAACAGUGAUGCAGAUACCAAGGAUGGUGCGAUCCUGAAGCAAUAAAUGGUUAUUUUGUGAUGGGAUGGAAAAGGCGAAAAUGCAGAAUAUCUUGGAUAUGGAAAUUACCCUUCAUCACUUUGGUCGCGAGAUUUGUACCCGGUGGGCUCUUACAGGUAAGUUUAGGUAUUAGUUGAUUGCAUUAUUCGUUCUUUUUGAUAUGGAAGAGUCUCCACUUGGCACUUCUAAUUGGAUAGGAUGUAGAUUGAUUUGUUCUUUUCUUUUUUUCAUCCGUGCAAUUUUUACGCCCUUGUUGGUCAAUUUUCUUCCACAAGAAGGGUUAAUUUUUUUUGGAUCUAUUAUUGGCAAUUCUUUGUUUUAUUUGAGCGCUCGCACAUGAAAUGGAGUCAUCUCAUUAUGAAUUUUCUUGAU